GUGGGUGGAAGUUCAAGCCCGAGGCCUCGAUGCCAAGCGGGACCUCUGGGCAAAACAUCUGCAAAAGGCAGCCACAUGGAAGCGCGACUCUGCUCCUCCGCGCCAGUUCCAUGUUGGUCUGGUUCAAGAUGCGGCCCACUCCGCGCGAAUGUUGAAAGCUGUCUGGCUGAUUGGCAGCCGACACUUGGAGCAGGCCGCCGCAGCUCUCCACGCGUGGCAAGUUCAUGCCGUCAAAGCAGGCAGAUGCAGGAAUGAGGUGUCGCAUGAGCUCGGUCUUCGGGUUCGCUUGGUGGUAUUGGCCAAGGCCUUCAGUUGCUGGCUUCGAGCGGGAUCCCGCUUGAGAUCUGCCGCACAUUCCUGGAAGCGCUUCCUCCAGGAAAUGCGGAUGGCUCACAGGCACUUGGUUACGGCCAGCACUGUCCAGAGAAGCCUUGAGAGCAAGAUCGAAUUGGGAGCCAAGUUGCGAAUGCCAAGUCUGGAACUGCAGGAUCUUUUUGCCGCUUGGUGGAGUCUGACAGCAGAGGCAAAGCUAGACAUCUGGAAUGCAGCGGCUGUGAGCAUUAGUGCGCAACUUGGUGGGCACAGCUCGUGCACAAGCAUGCUACUGCGUGAGCAUGCUGAGAGCUUUGCAUCGCCAGAAAGCUUUUCAACGUCGUCUGAGUGCGGUGGCUCCGAUUAUUCAGAGCCAGACGAUCUGCAGACUGACACUGGCUGGCAGCUCGGAUGCUCUCAGCACGAUUCUUGGGACAGUCACAGUUGGAAAGGUUGGUUUUUGCUGCCCCUGGCCUUCAGAGCUUGGCGUGGGACUGCGAAGAUGCAGCAGCAGCAACUGUGCUCAGCGCGUUCCAACACAUACUUGUGGGACAAUUUUAUUUGCUGCUUUAUUGCCUGGGAGCUGUUCGUGUUGCGGGGGCGUGCUUUGCAUUCCAAGCUCGCUGGCAGCUGCAGAUUGCAAGACCGGCUUUGUCUUGAUGUGUUCACAGUGUGGAAGACCGUUCUGCUUGAGGGCCGAGGUAAGCGAGCAUCAUUGGACGUAUUGUGCAAGCUGAAGUGCUACUCCAGCGACGCAGUUCGCAGCUGUUGGAAUGCAUGGUACUCGACCAGAGACACUGUCGGCUUGGCAUGGAGAGGAGUUGUCAUCGGCAUGCUCCGGCAGCAAGGGCGCCAAAGAGCGCUUGAAUGUUUAGUGGACGCAAUGGAUGCCCGGUCGGAGCGUGAGCACACAGAACGCAGCAUGGCUCUGCAGCGUCGUGCUGACAAGCUGCUACUGGAUCUUGUCCUUGUCGUUUGGAAAUCUGCUUGCGAGACGAGCCAACUACGGCAUCGAUUGGACAAGACUGGCUUAACUGCAAACGCCGCUGUGUCGGAUCUUGUGACUCAUCAUUCGCAAGCUGCGCGACUCGCGGCAAUGGGUAGCAUCUUCGCCGGCUGGUCCUUGUUCGCACGUCUGCAGCGUCAAUGUCAACGAUGCUCUCGCAACAUUGACAAGCAAUACACGAAGGCGAAUGCUGAAACGCUUGGCUGGUGCCUCUUCGCUUGGCGGCAAGUAUCCUUCAGCGCACAGUACAGAGGCAAACUGGAAGUCUGCAGUGCAAGGCGUUGGGAUACGCUUCUGUCCAGCCGAUGCUUCUACUUGUGGAUGCAAAUCGCACAGAGGAUGCAGGCAAGUCAUGGCCUUCGCGAGACUGGUUCAAGGGCAGGGUUCCAGCAUGUGGCAGAAAUCCGUGCAGAUGUUUUGGCUGAGUUGCGCACGAGAGGGCCCACGGUGCUUCAUCCACUGGUACGUGAUGCCAUCCGAUAUGCUUUUCUGGCAUGGAAGUCAGAGUACCUGCAAGCAAACCUUCAGGCAGUCCAAGCUUCUGAAGCUGGAAGGCUGUUUGCAUCGCAAAGAUCAUGCAGGCUGGUUCACCUGGCCCUGCAUGCGUGGUGGCAUCUACAACUCAAGCAGCGCACAAGGAGUGCACACCUUCAGACACUUGAGACCUUGUUGUCCAGAACCAUUGUGGAACAGUACUUCCGGAAAUGGCUCCUGUACUCGUUCUGUCCAUCGAAGCUUCUGCCGUGGGUGCGCAUCCUGCUCUCUCUCCGUGCAGAGGUGAAGUUUAUGCGUAGGACCAGGUCUGAUGUCCAAGCGGACCAAGCCCUCUCCUUGCCAAAGCAGGAAGUGGCCGUGUUGAGACAGGUCCCUGCAGCGCAAGCUGACGAAAUCACGGACGAGGAGGAGCAGCCAGAAGAAGAACAGCUGCCAGCAGUGUAUCAGCCCAUAAUGACCCCUGCAAACGGGCCAUUGGCUGGCCACUGUACAAGGUCUAGCACGUCCUCAUCAAAUCUGGAUAGCAUGCAGAGGUCCGAUGAUGCUAGUUCCAUGGCGCCUGCACCCUUGUUACCUGGGCAAGGACGGAGAGUGGAUGAUUUGUUUCCCAAGCCAGCUAUCUCAACUGUGGAAGAUCUCCACAGACGCCUAUAUGUGGAGCAAGCAUCGCUGGUGCGGCGAGUUUUCCACAGGUGGUGGGACAUGUCUCUGGCGGGGCAGCUGCGUUUGAUGGAGCUGAGGGCUCCACUGGUCGAAAGGCAACGUGCGGCUUCCUCCUCACUUGUGAGGCCCCAGGCGGGGCGUGCUGCCUGCUUGGCACGGCUUCUCCAAGAAGCUGAGACAGCAGCAUUGGAUGCAGUUAAGGUGUCGGCGAGUGACGCCGGCCAUGAUCACAAAGAGAACAUGCUUGAAAAUGACAUCGCUCCGACGCCUGCCAAGGCCAAGGAUGAUGAACGCAGGUGGGGCGAUGAGACGUGGCUUCUCGCCAAAUCGCGGCAACCUGCAGUAGUACCUGUACGACUACACUGGGGUCUGAAGGGGACAAAGGAGCCCGUUACUCCAGCUUCUGGGACAAAGGAGCCCGUUACACGAGCUGCUCUUCUUGCAGCUAGCCAGAUCUAG